AUGCGCCUUCGCAUGAGAGCCAACCUACCAUCUAACCGCCCUGUGAAAUACGAUAUCUCGCGACUCGGAUGCCAGCAAACUAGAGCCGAGUUCCAGCUCCGGUUAUCAAAUCGCUUUGCCGGUUUUCAAGCACUUCAUCCCAUUGAGUACUCAGCUGAGGAGUCCUGGCAGUUAUUCAAAAGCAGCGUAAACGAAGUUGCCUCGCAGACCCUGGGUAAAACCAGACGGCGGGCGAAGGACUGGAUCUCUGGCCGCACUAUUGAGCUCGCAAACCAAACUAAACGAGCCCGUUGCUCCGAGAACGACGACAUCCACCGAUUGCGCCGUGAGACUGCUCGCUCUGCGAAGGCUGAUCUCAAUACUUACUGGCGAAACGUCGCUGAAAUCAUGGAGCAAGCGGCAUCAGUAGGAGAUUCCCGAAAACUAUACCAGACUCUUAAAACGGCAACUAAGGGAAACAGCAAGCUAAGCGAAGUGCUGAUGGACACGAAUGGAACGCACAAUCCGUUAGAAGCAGCAUUUCGAAACCUUGCUGAACCAUGA